ACGCGACAGGACAGGACGGGACAAAGCGGUGCCGUGAGGAGCGCUCGUUCGUGUCUGACCUGGAGCUUUCCCGAGGCGUUAUUCCUACAGGUGUCCUCGUGGCAAGACUGCGGGUCUUGGUGGCCUGUGGCCUUCCCGAGGCUUCUCUUUUGCAGGUGCCUCCGAGGCCAGACUGAGGGACUUGGUGACUCAGAGCUUUUCUGAGGCAUCUCCCAUCCUUCUGGUCUGUGCACUCGAGGCAAGACCCUGGCACUUUGUGACCAAAACCAUUUACAAGGCGUCUCCUGUCCUUGUGGCAGGAGCCCUCGAGACCAAAGCACAGGACUUGCUAUCCUGCAGUCUUCCUGAGGCUCCUCUGCCUCAGGUGUCUUCAAGGCACAACUGAAGACCUGCUGAUUCAUAACUUUCACAAGGCAUCUGUCUUUAAGGUGACCUCAAGGCCAAACUCUGGCAUGGCGGGCAGAUUUCUCAGCCUAUUUAAAGUCUUCAGGGGGAAAAAGAAGAAAGGCCCUGGAGCUGCCCCAGGAAAACGGCUGGAGGAGCCAAAUCACUUCCAGCCAUUACAGGAUGAUGCAUCCCUGGACCGGACACAAGAGAAGGAAGCCGCCCACGGCUGCUUCGGCAGAACCCUGAAGAUAUUCCCGAAAUUUCUGCGCAUUCGACGCAGGAAGCCCAGCACCCCAGCAGCUGAGGGCCCAGCUGAGCCUGACUCGGGGCUGACCCAGCUCCAGGCAGAGCCUGAUGUCAGCCUGGAUUUGGCUGAGUUCUCAGAUGACUCUGAGACCUCAGUGACUGAAACCUGGGUGAAGGCUCUUUUGAUGUCAAUGAUCGAGGACAUGAUAAUCACAGCCGCCAACACUGGAGAGACUCAGGGCAUCACAAACUCUGACACUAGCACAGAUUCAGCAGAGUGCUCUGAAGACUCUGAGGCUGUGAUGAAUCUCCGGGAUCAUAGGGCAAAGUCUGACGAGGCAGUGACUGAGGUUGUGGCCAUCACACCUGCCAACACUGGAGAGACUCAGAGCAUUGCAAAUUCUGACACCAGCACAGAUUUGGCUGAGUGCCCAGAAGACUCUGAGGCUGUGAUGAAUCCCAGUGAUCCCGAGGGAAAGGCUGAUUUGGCAGUGACUCAGGAUGUGGCCAUCACCACUGCCAACACCGGAGAGACUCAAGAAAUACCAAAUAGUGACAUGAUGUCCACUCCCACUCUGAUGUGUGCUCCCACUAAGGAUUUUUUCGAGGAGAGUGCUGUUCCAUCUCAGCAACAGGUGCCAGCCAUGGUGAAGAACAUCCACCAGAGUCUUGUGUCACGUGUCACUGUGAAUGCCAGGCUGCAAAGUGACAUUGUGAGGCUGGCUGAGGAACACCCUGCUGACGUGGCGCUGACCCUCCUGCACUGUGCCCCAACGUGUGACAGAGCUGCUGCAAUGAUGUGGAGAGCUAUAGGCUCAUCAAGACCAACAAUGGAGAAGGUGCUGGCAACACUGCUCUGUGUGAUGGAGGAUUGGCCUCUGCACAGCACAUGCACCUCCGAUGGGGACAACAAGGACGUUUUUGCCCUGGCUGCAACUCUGGUGAUCUGGGUCAUUGUGCCUAAAUGCCGCAAGGCAAUGAUCCGUUAUUCAGCCCGCCUGUUUGCGGCUCUGCUCUUCCACGUUGUCAUCACCACGCAGCAGAUGCCACCAAAGGAAGUUGAAAGCUUCUGGAGAGCGUGCCAGGAGGAACACCACCUUCCCAGCAAGCCCAGCAGGUUUGCAGUGCAGGCCAUGAAGGCUCUGCUCUGCCGACUGAAGUAUGACAAAGAAGUGAUGGCUAUGGAGCGUAAGUGUGGCUGGGACAUGCUGCUGUGUGCUCACACCCAGCACUAUGCCGUGGGUCUGCUGGCCAGAGAAAUGCGUCGUGUCUCCCCCUCCUUGUGUUCUGGGAUUGCUCUCCGCCUGCUUGGGCUGCUCAGCAGGGAGGAGCCACACUGGGAUCUGCCUGCCCUGGCGUUCCUUGUGGAGGUCCUCGAGUGCCUGGACUUGAGGGAAUGUGCUGACAGCAUCCUGGAGAUCAUGUCAAGGCACCUGAGGAACGAGUGCAGGGAGAGGCGUCGCCUGGCGCUCAGAGGCCUCGUGGUGCUCAGCAAGGAUCCCUCGAUGGCCAGGAGAAUGGGCACUCUGUCUCCAAGCCUUCUGGAGCUGCUGGGUGAUGCAGAUGGAGAGCUGGUCGGCAUGACACUCUCGGUGUUCACAAAUGUGCUCCUGCACAAAGACAUGCUGGUAUCCAGCAUCACUGCCCCGAAGCUGGCUGAGGCUCUCCUGCUGCUCUUCGACCACGACAACAGCCAUGUGCAGCUGCUCUCCCUUGACCUCUUCUUCAAGGUGAUGGAUUUGGUAGUAGAAGAGGGAAAAAAGCCCCUUAAGUCAAUUGUGUGCCAGAGCCUUCCUGCACUCUUCUUCCACUGCCACGAUGAGAAUCAGCACGUGGCAGAGGCCUCCCGGAAAAUGCUGCAUUGUGCAGCCAGAUUCCUGAAGAGGAAGGAACUCAAGCAGCUGGUGGAGACAGGGAAGCUGUUGGCGUUUGCCGAAGUCCUGCUGGCAGAGGACAGGAGCCGAGCGGCCGAGCACCUGCGCCGGGCCCUGCGCUACCUGGAGAGCCCCCAGGAGCCCCUGCGAGAGGCGGCCAUCAGCUUCAUGGGGAUCGCCGGGGUGCUCCUGAGUGGGCAGCCAGGAGAGCUCCAGCUCCUCACUGAGGCCCUUCAAGCCCUGAAGAGAGAUGACAGCCCUUCCCAGACAUGCCUAGUUGUUCAACAGAUAUUCAGUGAAAGAGCUGCAGAACUGGCUCAGAAGGUCCAGUGUUUGUUUACAACCUCCAAAUGCCAUGGAAGAUGAGACUGCCUUGAUAACAGAAGAGACCAGCUGGAGCUCCAGCCACAGCUGAUGAUUGGCACAGCUGAGCCUGUGGGAAAUUGCAUGCCUUCAGCCCUCUCCCUGCUUAUAGAUAGCUCCCUCCCUCCAGCCCUCAGACUCUGCCCAUCGCCUUUUUUUCCCUCCACUCUCCCUCCCUUUUGACAGCUCUUUCCCUCUAGCCCUCAGAUCCUGCCCAUCCCCUUUUUCCCCACCCAGCUCAUCCCUUUGCUUCACCUUCCACUAAUAAACAGUUUGGCUUCUUCA